UUCCGCCACAUUUCCCACCCCGUAACGCUUUCGGCGGGUUCUGGUAAAAUGGCGCUGUUGCCAGAAGUCGCGAUCCGACGGAGGGAUAACGAGAGUGGUUAGAAAUAAGCGACCCGAGCCCCGCCAACCACGUUUUUAAACCACCCCCCCAAAGCGGAAGGCACGAUGGCGGCCCUGGAUCAGAAAUCUCCCAACGUACUGCUGCAGAGUCUGUGCUGCAGGAUAACAGGCAAGAGUGAAGCUGAUGUGGCACACCAGUUCCAGUAUGCCGUGCGGGUGAUCGGGAGCAACUACGCGCCCACCAUCGAGCGAGACGAGUUCCUGGUGUCCGAAAAGAUCAAAAAGGAAUUGCUGAAGCAGAGACGAGAGGCAGACGCUGCUCUUUUCUCUGAGCUCCACCGGAAGCUCCAGACGCAGGGGGUGCUGAAGUAUAGAUGGUCCAUCUUGUACCUGCUACUGAGCCUGUGCGAGGACUCCAGGAAACCCUCCAGUCGGGUGUGCAGCUACGGUGGCCUGUUUGCCCAGGCGCUGCCGCGCGACGCCCACUCCACACCGUUCUACUACGCGAGGCCGCAGAGCCUGUGCCUCAGCUACCCUGAUCGCUCCACCCACAAUGCCUCCAGCGGCAUCGGCAGCCUGCCCAACGGCCCCGCCCCCAGCCCCCAGCCCCUCCUCUCCGGCUCCGCUCCCCCAACAGCAGCCGACACCUCCAGAGGCUCUCGUCUGGCCUGGGCCCUCCAGGUCUCCGGCUCUUCGUCUGGGGCCCUGCCUCUUACCUCACGCCCCCCUGCGGGCUCCAGACCCACCCACAGACAGAGACGUGACGGAGACGGCAACGCUGAAGUCAGCGAGGCCGCCCUCGUUCGUGACAUCCUGUACGUCUUCCAGGGGAUCGACGGCAAAUUCAUCAAGAUGUGCCCUACGGAGGAGUGCUACCGAAUCGACGCAAAGGUGCCGCUGUGCAAGUCGUUGCGAGACACCAGCCACCGGCUGGCCGAGCUCGGCUGGCUGCAUGACAAAGUGAGGAAGUAUGCGGACUCCCGGAGCCUGGACCGGGCCUUCGGAUUAGUCGGCCAGAGUUUCUGCGCCUCCCUGCACCAGGAGCUGAAGGAGUACUACAGGCUGCUUUCGGUACUGCACGCUCAGCUGCAGGUGGAGGACGACCAAGGCAUGAACGUGGGAGCAGACUGCUCUCUCACGCUCAGACGCCUGCUCGUGUGGACGUACGACCCCAAAGUUCGACUCAAGACCCUCGCUGCCCUCGUAGACUUCUGCCAAGGCCGUAAGGGGGGAGAGUUGGCAUCGGCGGUACACGCCUACGGCAAAACCGGUGACCCCCACAUGAGGGCGCUGGUUCAGCACAUCUUGGGUCUGGUAUCGCACCCUAUUCUGAACUUCCUCUACCGCUGGAUCUAUGACGGGGAGCUGGAGGACACGUACCACGAGUUCUUCGUAGCGUCUGAUCCGACCGUAAAGACGGACAGGCUGUGGCAUGAGAAGUACUCUCUGAGAAAGUCUAUGGUUCCCUCCUUCAUCACCAUGGACCAGGCCAGAAAGGUUCUGCUCAUCGGCAAGUCCAUCAACUUCCUGCACCAGGUGUGCCACGACAGGACGCCGCCCGGCAGGGUCCCGCCCGCCUGCAAAUGUGCCGACUCGCCCCGAGACGCGGCAGAGCUCUUCACGGAUCUGGAGGGGGCGUUCCAGAGUAAGAUCGACGCCGCUUACUUCGAGACCAGCAAGUACCUCCUGGAUGUGCUGAACAAGAACUACCAGCUGCUGGAGCACCUACAGGCCAUGCGCAGAUACCUGCUACUGGGCCAGGGAGACUUCAUACGCCAUCUGAUGGACCUGCUGAAGCCUGAGCUGGUCCGGGCUGCCACUACCCUCUACCAGCACAACCUGACGGGCAUCCUGGAAACAGCCGUCCGGGCCACCAACGCCCAGUUCGACAGCCCCGAGAUCCUGAAGAGGCUGGACGUGCGCCUCCUUGAGGUGUCUCCAGGUGACACCGGCUGGGAUGUGUUCAGCCUGGACUACCACGUCGACGGGCCUAUUGCCACGGUGUUCACACGCGAGUGCACGAACCGCUACUUGCGGGUGUUCAACUUCCUGUGGCGAGCCAAGCGGAUGGAGUACAUCCUGACAGACAUCUGGAAGAGCCAAAUGUGCAACGCCAAGCUACUGAAGAGCAUGCCAGAGCUCUCUGGCGUGUUACAUCAGUGUCACAUCUUGGCCUCAGAGAUGGUCCAUUUUAUCCACCAGAUGCAAUAUUACAUCACCUUCGAGGUGUUGGAGUGCUCGUGGGAUGAGCUGUGGAACAAGGUGCAGCGGGCCCAGGACCUGGACCAUAUCAUAGCAGCCCACGAGGUCUUCCUGGACACCAUCAUCUCCCGCUGUCUCCUGGACUCCAACAGCAAGCUGUUGAACCAACUACGCGCUGUCUUUGACCAGAUCAUUGAGUUCCAGAGCGCUCAGGACACACUGUACCGCUCAGCCCUGGAGGAACUCCGCCUCCGCCUGCAGUACGAGGAGAGCAAAAGGCACAGGGAGAAGGAGGGAGAGUGGGGUGUUACGGCGGAGCAGGAGGCAGCUGAGAACAGACGGGUUCAGGAGUUUAAAGACACCAUACCAAAAAUGUGUUCUCAGCUCAGACUCCUCACUCACUUCUACCAGGGCCUUGUGCGGGACUUCCUGCGGGAGCUCAUGACCAGUUCAGAUGAGAGCCUGCAGUUCCUCAGUUUUCGGCUGGACUUCAACGAGCACUACAAAGCCCGGGACCCACGUCUGCGGCCCUCCCUGGGGGCCACCAGAGGGCGCCGCUGCUCCAACAACUGACUCUGCUAGCGUUUGCCUCUGCAGGAAAUGUGUGCGUGUGGUUUUUUGUUUGUUUGUUUGUUUUUUCCUCCUAGAAUGUACACAGAUGUGGCACUUGAUACAGGGCUUAACUCCUCCCCUAUCAGACGCAAGUGCAAAAGUCAAUAAACAAAUAAAUAGCAAACAACGAAAAAAACAAAUGAAAGUUGAAAUGUCCCCUUUAGGCCUCAUGUCAUUGCCAAGUGUUUCAGAGACUGCAAAGUAAGUUUAGGUGCUCGGAGCUUAACGUAGCACAACAUCACAGCCCUGCUUUCCUCCGGUAAGACUCCUUAUGGGUUCAGUGUGAGGAAUGACUGAAGUUUGGUUGUUUCUAGUAUAUUCAUUUAUUUAAUAUAGGUAAACAUGUUUAAGACUGUUAAACUAUUUGUUCUCCAUCUUGGUUUAGCGUUUUGACUGCCGUUUUUCUCCCCUUUUUGCCCAGCCGUUGUUCCUAAAGCUCGUUUCCAGUCUCGCUGAAGAAUAAAGGUUCAGCCAUUUAUAAAAACGGUGCUACAGCCCAAAGUUGAGCUUGGGUGAGGAAGCUGUAUGCAGCAGAUCCGAAAUCAGCGUUACAGUGUCUCUCAGUGUAGGACAGGGAUCUGAUCCCAGAUCAGUAUAAGGGCACCAUUUCUGCUGGGAGAUAAAUAAAGAACUGGGUUGGUCCGGACUGA